GCCACAUCCUCUCGUGUCACUUGUUCCGAAGAAUAAGUUGCGAACCUAGGCAGCCAUGAAACAUGGAGUAGCCUUUCGAAAAUUCUCGAGGACAUCCUCGCAUCGGAAUUUAAUGCUACGGAAUCUUGUGACUUCCCUCUUCGAACACGAGCAAAUUAGAACAACAUUACCCAAGGCCAAAGACACUGCCAGGUUGGCAGAGAAGAUCAUUACGCUAGGGAAGAAGAACAACGAGACUUCGUAUCGCCAGGCUCAAGCAUUCAUCUUGAAACCUCCUGUCCUCCCUAAGCUUUUCACUACCUUUGCCGAGCGUUAUGCAAACAGGCCAGGGGGCUAUACGCGGAUCCAUAGGCUCGAUAAUCGAUUCGGAGACAAUGCACCCAUUGCUCUCCUUGAGCUCGUCGACAAUCCCCAUGACUUCAAAUUGGAGAUGACUGCACGCGCAGUAGGGCGGGAACUCUUGAAUGAAAAGCUUCGGUGGGACUCACCCCGCGGCGUCGUCAACAGCGGUGUUCAAAACGCAGAUAUUACCGUUGCAAAAGAGCUGAACUUGGGCGGACUUGACAGCGGUGAACUGCGGCCAACGACGAGACGUAAUCUUCAAAAAGUCAUGAAAUAUCGAGGACGAGAGGCAUUAACAGAAAUAGGUGCCAAGGCUUCAGCUUAUAUUGAAACCAUUUUGGCCAAGCCGGUCGCCGAAGCCAAAAUGCAACUUCGAGCUGACUCCAAGGAGAAGGAGAAAGCUCGGAAACGAGGGAACCCCAACUUUGUGGGCAGCUUCCCAGUUUUGCCAGCCCGUGCAGGUGUUGCAUUACCUGGAGAGACUCGGCCUGCUAUGCGGCUCGUUCAAGGGGCACUCGGUCGGCCCGCUCGUUGGAAGGGCAGGCGUGCACUGGCAUAAUAUAUACCUCAUGCAUGUUUGAUUACAAUCUUAGGUUCUAAUUCAUGCAUAAUAUUCGAGCUUGAGUACAACUC